AUGUAUCUUUGUACCAAGUGGUCUUGGUUUCGCAGGUCGAAGUACUGCAUCAAGUUCUAUGAGAAAGCUGAUGCCAAUGCCGGCGGUUUGGAUGAGCUCAUGGACGAGUACGUUCUCAUGGCUUCGCUGGACAAUCCGCACAUCGCCAAGACCUACGAGGUGUUUCAAGACAAGUCCUUCUACUACCUCGUGAACGAGCCCUAUUUCGGCGGAGAUCUCACGAAGCUCGGGAAGAAUGCCUCGCAGCAGGGCGUGAGGAUGGGUGAGAACUGGUGGCGCCAAAUAUUCCGACAGUGCAUGGAUGGGCUGUGUUAUCUCCACGGAAACGGCGUCAUGCACUGUGACAUCAAGGAGCCCAACAUCAUGAUUUCGAAGAGCGAGUCCUACGAGGCGCCCCAGGUGGUUCUCAUCGACUUUGGGCUCGCUUCGGUUCACGAGCAAUCGCCAGGGCGUUUGCGGCACACCCGGGUACAUCCCCCCAGAGACCUGGAGGCCCGUGAACGGAUUGUGAAUCUUUGUGAUGUUUGGCCACUGAUGCCGUCCCUGUAG